AUGGCGUUCAAUCCGGUGGCCAUGCUGGCCGAACGCACGUGUGCGCCCAUCUACAACGCCAUCGACACUGGCAACAACACGCUCGCAGUGCGUCAUGCCGAUCGCAUCCUGCAUACGCAGCCCGAACUGGCGCUGGCGUCGGCGCUCAAGGCUCUUGCGCUCGUGCGCUCGGCAAAGCGCGACGAGGCCAACACGAUCUGCACGCAGCUCAUCGCCCGCGGUCUUCCCAAGGGGCACGAGAAUGCGCUCACACCACUCACAUGGUGUUUGGGUCGGCUCGGUCGGCGGCAGGACGAAGUGGCGCUGCUCGAGACGGCGGUGAAGAACAAUCCGAACGACGAGGAUCUUGCGCGCCAGACGUUCCUGGCGCUCAUCAAGUGUCAGUCAUUUCAAAAGGCACAGCAGCUGUCGCUCAAGAUGCACAAGUCGUUUGCACAGCGCAAGCAGGGGAAAGGCCGGUUUGCGGACGAGUACUUUUGGUGGUCCAUCCUGUCGUAUGUGCUGCUGGCGCGCGAUGCCAAGGCACCAGGAGCAGCGCUCGCACUGCCGCUCAGCCAGCGGAUGAUCGAAAAGCAGAUCGAGACGAAACCGCUCGGCCUCAACGACGAGGAGGCGCUCUGCCUCCAGCUGCAGGUGCUCGUCCGACAGGGCAAAAAGGCGGAAGCUUUCGAGCUGGUGGCUACCGAGGGCUCGGUGGGACAUGCGCUGUGCGACCGCAACCUUAGUCUGGAGUUCACGCGCACCGAUCUGGCCAGGGAGCUGAACAAGUGGCAGUACGUCGAGCAGAGCUGCUGGGCGCGGAUCGACGGCGGCAGUCGAAACUGGGCGCACUUUAGCGGAUUCCUGGAUGCAGCCGAGAAGCGAGGGAAGGACGAGCUGAUGGCGGCGCACAAAAAGAUCAAUGUGCUGCUGAGCGUCAAGGGCGCGGUCAAAGAUCGUAGCGUUCGACUGGCCGAGCUCGAGGUGUGGCGCAAACGCAUGCAGGUCGAGCCAGAAGUUGAGGCGCAGCUGUAUGCCAAGGUGGUGGCGUACUUUGACACGUUUGGCACCAAGGCGUGCUGCCACGAAGACCUGCUUCCGUACCUGGGUGCGCUAUCGAGCGACUCUCGCAGCAAGCUCAGUGCAGUGCUCAAGGAGAAGACCAAGCCGCUGUCGGUCAAGACCGAGGCGGAGCUGCGGACGUACAUCUCGAUCGCCAAGAUCACGCGCGCGGUGCAGACGGCAAGCGGUCUGAGCGAAGAAUCCGAGGCUGCGCUCGCGGCGGAGCUGGUGGCACGGUACGUGGACGGGCUUUCGGUGGGCAAGGAUCUGCCGGAAACCGAGAUGCAGCCGGCGGAUGACAUUGCGUUGCUUGCAGUGCAGGCGCUUCUGUCGGCAUACCGCCUUUCCGGUGGCAAGCUGGUGUACCUGUUCCAGGUGAUUGGGCUGCUCGAAUUCGGGCUCACCAAGAGCAGCAAGGGCUACCAGUUGCGCAUGCUGCUCAUUCGAAGCUACACGCUGGCGGGCGCGUUGGACCGGGCCUUGAUCCACUACGGCCUGCUGGGCCUCAAGAGCGUGCAGGCGGAUACGCUGUCGCACCUGGUCAGCGAGCGAUGCUCUGCCUUUUCCGCCACGGGCAGGAACGCAAAGGCGGCCGACGAGGGGACAUACAAGAUGGCCGUGCGAACGCUCUCGACGGCGCAGGCGAUCUACGAGGAGAAUGCGAAUUCGACGCCCGAGAUGAUCGGCAAGGCGCUCGAGCACGGCAUCUACUCGCGCGUCGAGGAGUUCGUCCAGUUUGGCGAGGCGCUCGAGCGGUCGUUGCAGCGCCAGGUGGUGCGGCUCGAGGAGGCGAGAUCGCAUCUGCACAGGCGCGGCAACUUUGCAGACGACGAGCAGCGAUCGACGUUUGGAGCGGCUAUUAGCAACAGCGUGGCGAGCGUCCGGGCGGAUUUGAAGGCGGGUACGAGUGACCAGCGCGACUAUUCGGUGCUGGUCAACUACCAGCCCAUGGCAACGCCGAGUGUGGAGGAGCUCACGCAGGUGGGGCCACGACAGGACGCAGGAUGGGUGCGCAGCAUUGCACUUACGCUAGCAGACGAUGAAGGAGGAGCAGGAAUCAAGGAUGAAGAUUUGGUUGCGCUGACGGAGCGCGAGAAGGCGCUGGUGGAGCUCGUGGCCGCGGCGCGCAAUGGGUCGUUCGAGGCAAGCCGGCUACUCGAGCUGCUCGAGGCGGCCAAGACGACCACACGCACCGUAGUGGACGUGGUUGGCGGCGGAGCGGGUGGUGCCGAGCGGAUGGUGCGACCGGUGGAUGUGGUGCACGAGGUGGGUCUGGCGCUCGAGGCGGUGUACCACACCGAGGCGCUGCUCGACGCCGAAUCCAAGGCGGCAUGCCAGACGCACCUGGCCGAACUUGCGACGCUCGUCAACCACCUCACGCGGUCGACGCAGGUACUGACCAAGCCAGCGGUGCUCGAGCAAGGGCUGGCUGCCGUGGGCGCCGAGCGUGUCGCGCAGCUGAUGCAGUCGACGCGCGACAAUGUGGCACGCUGCUGGACCAAGGUGUUCGCCAACCUGCGCGACGCCCUGCGUGAUGCGCUGUGA